GCGAUCCUCAGUACGGCGCAUGCGCACUCCUCAGCUCGGCUGACAGCAGUGGGAAGGCCGAGCGGAUUGUUUUCGACCAAUUUACAUUAAUUUAAUAAAAUUAUACUGUUUUUUCGUCAUGAUACCCACCGAGGACGCGUCCGCCAGGAAAAGAGAGAUCGAGGAGAAAUUAAAACAGGAGCAGGAGACGCUGUCGUUUAUCCGUGAGAAUCUGGAGAAGAGCGAUCAGCUUACUAAAGGAAUGGUGUCGAUCCUGUCGUCGUUUGAGAGUCGGCUCAUGGCCCUGGAGAACUCCAUCAUCCCGGUUCACAAGCAGACGGAGAACUUGCAGCGUCUUCAGGAGAAUGUAGACAAGACGCUGUUCUGCCUGGACCAUGUCAUCAGCUACUACCAUGUCGCCAAGGAUACGGACAAAAUUAUCAAGGAGGGACCCACAGGGAGGUUGAAUGAGUAUCUGGCCUGCAUCGCCAAGAUCCAGAAAGCUGUGGAGUAUUUUCAGGAUAAUAAUCCUGACAGUCCUGAACUCAACACUGUGAAAGUGCGCUUUGAGAAAGGGAAGGAGCAGCUGGAGGCGGAGUUUCGUGCGCUGCUGACGCGUUACAGUAAGCCAGUUCCACCCGUGCUCAUUCUGGACGCCAUCGGUGGGGACGAGGAGCUGGAGGGCGAGGUCACGCUGGAGCACCUUCCUGAAGCCGUACUGCAGGACAUCAUCUGCAUCGCUGGCUGGCUGGUGGAGUACGGACGAAACCAGGACUUUAUGAACGUUUAUUUCCAGAUCCGUUCCAGUCAGCUGGAUCGUUCCAUCAAGGGUCUCAAGGAACAUUUCCGUAAGAACAGUGCUUCGUCUGCGCUGCUCUACUCCCCCGCAGUGCAGACCAAACGCAAGGACACGCCCACCAAAAAGGUUCCUAAGCGACCAGUUUACAUCCCAGGGACGAUCCGUAAAGCUCAGAACCUGCUGAAACAGUACUCUCAGCAUGGCCUGGAUGGGAAAAAAGCUUCUAACCUCACUCCCUUAGAAGGUUACGAUCACGAGGCACGCGGGGUUAAACAUCUGUCGGACGCACUGAGUGACAAGCACGGGGCCUCUGCAGGGAAAGAUGACGUGAUGGACGUGGAGAUCGACUCGUAUAUCCACUGUAUCAGUGCGUUUGUGAAGCUGUCUCAGAGUGAAUACACUUUACUGACUGAGAUCAUCCCUGAACAUCACCAAAAAAAAACCUUCGACUCGCUCAUACAGGAGGCGUUAGAUAACCUGAUGUUGGAUGGUGAUAAUAUCGUCGCAGCUGCUCGUAGAGCCAUAAUGAGACACGAUUACUCAGCGGUGCUCACCAUCUUCCCCAUCCUCCGUCACCUCAAACACACCAAACCUGACUUCGAUACCACCCUGCAGGGGACAGCAGCGAGCACUAAGAACAAACUGCCGACUCUGAUCACUUCCAUGGAGACCACAGGAGCCAAAGCGCUUGAGGAGUUCGCCGACAGCAUUAAGAAUGAUCCAGAUAAAGAGUAUAACAUGCCUAAAGACGGGACUGUACAUGAGCUCACCAGUAACGCCAUUCUGUUCUUACAGCAGUUAUUGGAUUUCCAGGAGACAGCUGGAGCGAUGUUAGCCUCUCAGGUCCUCGGGGACACUUACAAUAUUCCUUUAGACCCCCGAGAAACAAGUUCAUCAGCCAGCAGUUACAGCUCUGAGUUCAGCCGAAGACUCCUCAGUACUUACAUCUGUAAAGUGCUGGGAAACCUGCAGCUGAAUCUUCUGAGUAAAUCUAAAGUGUAUGAGGACCAGGCCCUGAGCGCCAUCUUCCUCCAUAACAACUACAACUACAUCCUCAAAUCUCUGGAGAAGUCAGAGCUGAUCCAGUUGGUGGCUGUGACGCAGAAGAAGGCAGAAAGUUCAUACAGAGAAUUGAUCCAACAGCAGAUUCUGACCUACCAGCGCAGCUGGAUGAAGGUAACUGACCAUCUCACUGAGCGGAACCUACCUGCAUUACAACCUGGAACCAAGUUGAAAGACAAAGAGCGUCAGGUGAUCAAAGAUAAGUUUAAGGGUUUUAAUGAUGGUUUGGAGGAGUUGUGUAAGAUUCAGAAGGUGUGGGCGAUUCCUGAUAAAGAGCAGCGUGAUGCGAUUCGACACGCCCAAAAGAAACUCAUCUCUGACACAUACAGAGCGUUCUUACACAGGUGUGCAAACGUGGCAUUCACAAAGAACCCCGAAAAGUACAAUAAAUACACACCAGAGCAAGUGGAAGAUAUGAUUGAAAGGCUCUUUGACACCUCUGCUUAAACCCUGCCCACCCUCACGCCCACCCUCACGCCCACCCUCACGUCCUGUUUCCUGGUGCACUACAAUGUCUUUCUGUAUUAAAUCUGUAAAUAUGCACACAGUCUCAUGUUCAAUAAAGGAUUUACCAUUA